CCAAUCUACUGCAAUGACAUCUUUAAAGCCUCACCUGAACCAGGACGUGAGGAGAAACACCAGAUCAAGACUGUUCUUACUAAAGGAAUUGCUGGAAUCGGAAAAACCGUCUCUGUGCAGAAGUUCAUUCUGGACUGGGCCGAGGGAAAAGCCAGUCAGGAUGUAGAUUUCAUGUUUGUGCUUCCAUUUCGAGAGCUGAACUUGAUCCAAGUUCAUCAGUACAGUCUUCACAGACUUCUGCUGGACUUUCAUCCUGAACUUCAAGUUCUGGACUCAAAGAUUUAUGAGGAGUGUAAAGUUGUGUUCAUCUUUGAUGGUCUGGAUGAAAGCAGAAUGACACUAAUGUUUUCAGAUUAUCAGGAAGUUUCUGAUGUGAACGAGACUUCAUCAGUGGGUGUGUUGAUGUCAAAGCUCAUGAAAGGAGAGCUGCUUCCCUCUGCUCUCAUCUGGAUCACCUCCAGACCAGCAGCAGCCAAUCAGAUCCCCUCCAAAUACAUCAACCGUCUGACAGAGAUUCAGGGAUUCAGUGAGCCUCAGAAGGAGGAAUAUUUCAGGAAGAGAAUCAGUGACGAGCAUCAAGCCAGCAGAAUCAUCUCACACAUCAGAAGAGCAAGAAGCCUCCACAUCAUGUGCCACAUACCCGUCUUCUGCUGGAUCUCAUCCACUGUGCUUCAGAAGCUCCUGAAAGAAUAUCGGAGUGCAGAAAUCCCUCAAACUCUGACUGAAAUGUACAUCCUCUUCCUGCUGAUUCAGAUCAACAUGAGGAAUCAGAAGUAUGAAGAGAGAAAACCAAAAAAACUCCUGAAGUCCAACAGAAAAGUCAUUGUGAAACUUGCUGAAGUGGCUUUCAGUCAGCUGAUGAAGGGCAAUGUGAUGUUCUAUGAGGAGGACCUGAGAGAGAGCAGCAUAGACGUCACUGAUGCCUCAGAUCCAGCUGUCCAUUCUUACUCUCAAGGGCUUUAUUUACUAUUCAGGAGUUUGUGAAAUCAGACAAACACUCAGAGGAGAAACUCUCUCCUGCUCACUGCUCAACAAUCUCCUACAUGAUUCAGAUAUCAGAGGAGGUGCUGGAUGAGCUGAACACCAAGAAAUUCAACACAUCAGCUGAGGGGAGAAGAAGACUGAUACCAGCUGUGAUCAACUGCAGAAAAGCUCUUCUUACUUACUGUAAUCUCACUGUUCAGUGUUGUGAGAGUUUGUCAUCAGCUCUUCAAUCCUCAAACUGUGUUCUGAGAGAGUUGGACCUGAGUUACAAUGACCUGCAGGAUUCAGCAGUGAAGCUUCUUUCUGAUCGACUGAAGAGUCCAAACUGUCAGCUGCAGAUACUGAGUCUUACUUACUGUAAUCUCACUGUUCAUUGCUGUGAGAGUUUGUCAUCAGCUCUUCAAUCCUCAAACUGUGUCCUGAGAGAGCUGGACCUGAGUAACAAUGACCUGCAUGAUUCAGGAGUGAAGCUUCUUUCUGAUGGACUGAAGAGGCCAAACUGUCAGCUGCAGAUA